UGCAUUUCGGUGACCGUUUGUUCUAACUUCUUCUCCAGCAGCCCAGCAUCUGAUUAGGCAUAACCACUAGCCAGCGUAACGCUGGCAUUCAUGAAAAUGGGUUGAAAAAAGGGAACACUUUUCUUUUUUAAGUCCAAAAGAGAAGAAAAAAAGGCGUAAAUUCAAAGAAAUUUAACACGCUUUUCUUUUCAAUACUGUUUAAAUCAUUAACCCAAGCUCAUUUUUGAGAUCCUCACUUCCGUUCCAACUGAACAUCCCCAUCUCAAAAUAUGGCACUAAGCCAUAACGAAAUUGGCGUGAUCAACUUCAUAGCGACGCUUCUAUCGAUUCCGAUUAUAGGGGCCGGUAUUUGGCUGACGACACUACUGGAUAAUUCUUGCGUCAAGAUUCUUCAGUGGCCGGUUGUAAUUCUUGGCCUUUUGAUGUUAGUUGUAGGAAUUGCAGGGUUGAUGGGAGGAUUUGGGAGAAUUUCAUGGUUACUUCUUUUUUACUUAGUGGUUAUGCUUGUUCUAAUAAUAUUACUUGGUUGUAUGGUUGUAUUCAUUUCUAUGGUUACUCUUCAAGAGUCUGGUCACAUUGAUUACUCCGGAUGGUUGUGUCGAAUAGUUCAGGUUUCCUACAAAUGGGAUCAAAUUCGAGCUUGUCUCAGCUCGACAGGCAUGUGCACGGAACUGAAUCAAAGUUACCAUUUCGCUCAAGAUUUCUUCAAUGCACGCAUCACUCCGUUACAGUCUGGCUGUUGCAAGCCUCCAAUGCAAUGUGGAUUCACGUUUGUAAACCCGACGUACUGGAUUAGCCCGAUAAAUGCAGCAGCAGACAUGGAUUGCUUACUAUGGAAUAACGAACAAACGCAACUUUGUUAUGGAUGUGAUUCAUGCAAAGCUGGAUUACUUGCCAACAUCAAGAAUGAAUGGAGAAGAGUGCAUAUCAUUUUAUUAAUCACUUUGAUUGCUCUAAUCUGUGUUUACUUAGUAGGUUGUUGUGAAUUUAGAAAGGCAAAAACAGAAGAUAUAUUUCGCGAGUACGUACAAGAUUUUCCUUUAGAAAUGUCUACAUACGAGAAUCAAGACUCUCCAAAUUAGAAGUUCUGAAGAAAAAUAUGUUACAUUUAGAAAUUUAGGCGAGUCACUGGACGUCUGUGUUUUGUUGAACAAAGAAUGUUAUUUCCUAAUAGCCUCUGCAGCCCAUAAAGAACUUCCUCUAAAUAAU